CUCUUCCUUCACCAAGGCCUGAUUUCGCUCCCUUGACGGCCCCAGCGAUAUUCGGCGAUCAUGGCGGAUGAGAUCAAAAUUGACAAGGACACCUUCCAUGACCGCCUGUCUCACCUCGUCUCGGCAUGGAAGGCCGAUAAGCGCUCCGGCGACGCGUUGUUCGGCGGCGUAGGGUCGAUUGUCGUUAUUGUUGGCAAGACUGAGGAAUCAAGCUCCUUUCAGAAGAACAAUGCUAUGCAUUUUUGGCUCUUGGGCUACGAAUUUCCUGCCACGCUCCUUCUUUUUACUCCCGAGACACUCUACAUUGUCACCACGGCAAAGAAAGCCAAGCAUUUGGAGCCUUUAAAGAGUGGCAAAAUUCCCGUUGAGCUUUUAAUAAGAGGCAAGGACCCGGAACAAAAUACCAAGCUAUUUGAGCGCUGUGUCCAAAUCAUCAAGGACUCAGGUAAUAAAGUCGGUAUCUUGACAAAGGAUGUUGCGACCGGACCGUUCGUGGAAGAAUGGAAACGUGCUUAUGGUGAUAUCUCCAAAGAUGUCACAGAGUUUGAUAUCGCUCCAGCCCUAUCUGCAGCUGCAUUCUCAAUCAAGGAUGAAAAUGAACUGCGCGCUAUGAGAAAUGCUUCAAGAGCCUGCACCGGUCUGAUGACAUCCUAUUUUGUGGAGGAAAUGUCGGAGAUUUUGGAUGAGGAGAAGAAGAUGACCCAUGAGGCGCUAAGUCGAAAGGUCGACAACAAGAUUGACGACCCCAAGUUCUUUGCAAAAUUACCGAAGCUCUCCUCGGAUUUUGAUCCCCAGCAGCUGGAUUGGGCGUGGGUGCCUGUCGUCCAGAGUGGCGGACAUUAUGACCUCAAAGUCGGCGCCAUGUCCGACAAUAAGAAUUUGCAUGCUGGAAUUAUCAUCUCUGCCUUUGGAUUGAGAUAUCGGACAUAUUGCUCAAUUAUUGCGCGAACAUACCUUGUCGACCCAAAUAAGUCGCAGGAGAACAACUACAAGACCCUACUCGCAGUCCAUGAAGUAGUCCUUCGCGAAAUUCGGGAAGGUGCCGUUGCCAAGGACAUCUACAGCAAGGCUCUAAACUUCUUAAAGUCUAAGAAGCCAGAGCUCGAGAAGCACUUCGUCAAAAAUGUCGGUGCAGGAAUUGGUAUCGAGACGAGAGACAACACCAUGGUACUCAAUGCGAAGAAUACCCGUACUUUGAAGGACGGUAUGACUCUCUAUGUCACUGUUGGACUUAACGAUCUGCAGAACCCUCAGCCGCAAGAUAAGAACAGUUCAGUCUAUUCGUUGGUGGUGUCGGAUACCGUGCGUGUUACGAGAGCAGAGCCAGUUGUCUUCACAAAGGACGCUCCUUCUGAUUUGGAGUCUACCUCGUUCUUUUUCAAGGAGGAGGAUGAGGAGCCAGCUCCCAAACCCAAGGAAAAGAAGGACCCUCGCGCUGGCGCUAUUGCCGCCCAAAAUAUCACCAAGACCAAGUUAAGGGCUGAGCGGACGACCCAAGUCGACGAGGGUGCCGAGGCCCGCCGUCGUGGACAUCAGAAAGAAUUGCACCAGAAGAAGCAGCAAGCGGGUCUUGAGCGCUAUAGCGAAGCAACUGGAGACCAAGAUGGAUCGACCCAGAAGAAGUUCAAGCGAUUCGAGUCUUACAGAUGGGAUAAUCAGUUCCCAACGCGCGUUCGAGACCUCAUGAUUGUAGUCGAUCAAAAGAACUCGACCGUCGUCCUGCCAAUCAUGGGUCGCCCUGUUCCUUUCCACAUUAAUACGAUUAAGAACGCGAGCAAAAACGAUGAAGGCGAAUACGCAUAUCUCCGGAUCAAUUUCCUUUCUCCUGGACAGGGUGUUGGACGGAAAGACGACCAGCCCUUCGAGGACGCCUCUGCGCACUUUGUUCGAAGCCUGACAUUCCGAUCCAAGGAGGCUGGACACCUUGAACAAGUUGCCCAGCAUAUCACAGAACUGAGAAAGAAUGCGGUGCGCAAAGAGCAGGAAAAGAAGGAGAUGGAGGACGUUGUGGAGCAGGAUAAACUCGUUGAGAUUCGAAAUCGUCGCCCCCAGAGACUCGACAACGUUUUUGUUCGACCUGCCAUGGAUGGCAAGCGAGUUCCUGGAGAGGUGGAGAUUCAUCAAAACGGUCUGCGAUAUCAAUCCCCUCUACGGCAGGAUCAGCGGGUCGACAUUCUUUUCAGCAAUGUCAAGCACCUCUUCUUCCAACCUUGCGCUCACGAACUUAUCGUUAUCAUCCACGUCCAUCUCAAGAACCCCAUCAUGAUUGGCAAGAAGAAGACCAAAGAUGUUCAAUUCUAUCGUGAAGCGACGGAAAUGCAAUUCGACGAGACCGGAAACCGCAAGCGGAGACACCGGUACGGUGACGAGGAGGAAUUUGAAGCUGAGCAGGAGGAACGAAGAAGGCGAGCAGCUCUUGACCGGGAGUUCAAGGCCUUUGCAGAGAAGAUCUCGGAUGCUGGUCGGAAUGACGGCGUUGAUGUCGAUAUUCCUUUCCGUGAGCUCGGUUUCCACGGUGUCCCUAACCGUGCCAAUGUGCUAUGCCAGCCGUCUACCGACUGUUUGGUGCAGCUGACGGAGCCUCCAUUUUUGGUUGUCACCCUCGAUGAGCUCGAAAUUGCUCACCUUGAGCGUGUUCAGUUUGGUCUCAAAAACUUCGAUAUGGUUCUCGUUUUCAAGGACUUUAACCGUCCUCCUGUACAUAUCAACACUAUUCCCGUCGAGUCUCUUGAGAACGUCAAAGAGUGGCUCGACUCUGUCAACAUUCCUUUCUCCGAGGGUCCUCUCAACCUUAACUGGGGUACUAUUAUGAAGACCGUUGUGGCGGAUCCCCAUCAAUUCUUCGUGGACGGUGGCUGGUCUUUCCUUGCUGCUGAGUCUGAUUCUGAAGAUGCCGAAUCCGAGGAAGAGGAAUCUGCGUUUGAGAUUUCUGAUGAGGAGCUCAUGAACUCCGACGAAUCUUCCGAAGAGGAUUCGGAGUUCGACGAGGACGCCUCGGCCGAAGAUAGCGAAGAAGGAAGCUUUGACGAAGAUGAAAGCGGUGAUGACUGGGACGAAUUAGAGAAGAAGGCAAAGAAGAAAGACAGAGAAAAUGGUCUUGAAGAUGAAGAGAAGGGACGUAAACGGAAGAGGUGAAGUCCUUUUUAGGGCUAACUUAUCCUUUUCGUCGCCAGGAAUAUUUUGAUUUCUGUUCUCUUGUAUUGAUGGACCUGGAGGACUGCAUAUAUUCAGGUCAAACGCAACGGUUUUCCGUUUAUUAAUGGGGUAUGAGCCCUCACUUUUUCUUUCUUUAUUAUUUUUUGCCUUGUAUUAUUGUCGGAUCAGGUCAACGGUAUUCGUUCGGGGAAAUUAUCUUUUCAAUAUGCACUGGGUAUCGUAUAAGCAAAAUCAUAGCCUACCAAAAUUGAGAUUUUAAAUACAAUGCAUUGCGGUGGGUGGCGCAGAUGACAGCAUUUCUAGCUUGCGUCACAUUACGAAAUACCUUUUCAUCAGUCAAAUUUUGAUUGAUCAUCCGUCGCGGUUUUGAACAUUCGAUACUAGCUUUGUGCGCGACUCAAAGCCGAUCUGAGAUGAGGCUUGAUUCCCGCUUAGGUAUUAAAGAUAUUAAGUCUAUAAGAAGC